CUUCAGUCAUAAUCUCACUGACCCAGACAGACGCAGUUCAUCGAGAACAAGACAAUGAAGACUAUUGCAGCUUUUAUUCUUCUUGCCUGCCUGAUUGCUGUAGGAGUGAAAGGGCAGGACAGGUCUUCAAAGGGCAGGUGCUUUUGUGCAGACAAAGGUGCAAACAUGGUUUUAGUGAAGAACAUCGAGAAGGUUGAAAUCAUCCCUCCAAGUCCAUCUUGUCACAAACGUGAGAUUAUUGUCACUUUGAAGAAUGGUGCAGGAAAGAAAUGCCUGAAUCCUGAGUCAAAAUUCACUAAAAAUGUCAUAUUAAAGGCUCUUGAUAAGAGGAGCCAACAGUCUGUGCCACACAGUACAUCUGUCACUGUGACACUGAAGAACAUCCUGACAUCAACACCAUCAGCAUCAACAUCCUUCAAAUGACUCCAUAGACUUAUGUAUUCAUACAAUGCCUAAAAAAGUUGGGAAUCAAUUUAGAAAAAAAAAAAAAAAAAAAAAACGUAAAAUAUGUAAUGCCUAAGCUAAUUAAUUUAUUUUUAUGUGAGCACUCCAUUGUAAACAUCCUUAAUGUUUUUUUUUUUCAUAUUUUCAUAAGACCACUGAACAAUGUGUCAUAUGCACAGUCUUGUUUUAAUUUGAUGUGAUUUUAUGUUUUAAAUUGUUAAAUAAAGCUUUUUAU